UUUUUGUAAAUCCCUUUUUUGGUCGCUAAUUGGCCCUACUCCCCCUCUUUUAAUUUACUACUUAUUGAUUUACUAUUAAGUGCUUAGAUUUUAGCAUUUCCUUUUAAUUAGCUACAGCCUUUUUUAUAUAUAAUCCAUCACUUCUUCCCUUUGCUUAUUCACCUGUCUUCUGGACCUUGUGCAUUCAGCUUGGUUCGCAACUGUAUUUUCUGACCAGUCACAAGCGCACUUUCUUUAACUUUUUGUUUUUGUUUCCUUUGUCAUCCAGUGAGCUCAGGACUUCUGUCCUAUAAUUUCCUACAAAUUAUUUAUUGUAUUUUUAAAAUUCAGUUUGGUUUCUGCUUUAAAAUGAGAAAUUCAGACUAUUGCUGAUAUGGACAUAUUUGCCCCUUUUUUUUUUGUCUUUUUUUUCAGAUCACUUCUUGAAGCACUAAAUUGAACUGCUUUCAUUUUUCAACUUGGCAAAAUCUUAGACUGGUUAUUUUUGGUUUAUAAAUUAUCUGGAGUGCCACAUCCAUGCCAGUAGUUCCUUGUGAAUCCACAAUUAUUUGGGUUAUCUUCAGUUUUUUUUUCCAAAAUCUAUCAUGAGUGAUUCAACUGUCCUGGUUACUUCCCAAGGUUUAACCUGGCAACAACUGUCUUUUGAUGAUGGAUUCGUAGUGCUAUAGGGCAAUAAAUGCUGUACCUUCAAUUGGUGUGCUGAGUUAAUUGACAAUGGUUAAGUAAAGGUACCAAACCUGGGGUUGAAAGUGUGCCCUGACUUUCAAUAAUGACUUUAAAGUAUUUAAUAACUGGACAAAUUACUGUUUUUCCAUGCUUCAUUGUUUUGUUUGAUCUAUAUCUCUUUCAAUGACUGCAGGCAAUUGUGGCAGUUGCUAUUCCUUUUCUUCCAUGGGAAUGCUUGAAGCCCGUAUUCGUAUUCGAACAAACAACACACAGACUCCGAUCCUUAGCACACAGCAGAUCGUUUCCUGCAGCCAGUAUUCACAAGGAUGUGAAGGUGGAUUUCCCUACUUGAUUGCUGGAAAAUAUGCCCAAGAUUUUGGUUUGGUUGAAGAACAUUGCUUCCCUUAUGUUGGCAUGGAUACUCCUUGUACCGUUGAGAAGUCUUGCUACCGUUACUACACCUCUCAGUAUUAUUAUGUGGGUGGAUUUUAUGGUGCUUGCAAUGAAGCAGCAAUGAAACUGGAGCUGGUGAAAAAUGGUCCAGUGUCUGUUGCCUUUGAAGUUUACAGUGACUUCAUGAAUUACCAUAGUGGAAUCUAUCACCACACUGGAUUACGUGAUCCAUUCAAUCCCUUUGAGCUUACUAAUCAUGCAGUGUUGCUCAUUGGCUAUGGUAGUGACCCUAAGACAAAAGAAAAUUACUGGAUAGUUAAGAAUAGCUGGGGAACAGAAUGGGGAGAAAAUGGCUACUUCCGAAUUCUUCGAGGCAGUGAUGAAUGUGCAAUUGAAAGCAUUGCUAUAGCGGCCACUCCAAUACCCAAGCUUUGAAUAUAACUAAGUGUACUUCCUGGAAACAAAACUGAGAAAUAAAUUUGAAUUCUGAAUCUUGCUUUUAACUUUAGAAAUAAAGUUCUACAUAAAUGUGCCUUUAAAAAUAUUUCUAAAUUCAAAAUGGAGAUUCUACUGCUUGCGUGGUCUCAGAACUGUCUUGGUAGUCUUGUUAAAUAUGCUCAAACUGAAGGCUGCAGUGUUAUUAUUAACAAUGGUAACUUGUAACCGGCAGAAAGCUGUGGUAUGUGUUUUUGUCUUGGUGUGCAAUGUUGACUGUCUCCAGGCAUACCAAAUCCUUUUUGUAAUAAAUCGGGUGGGUUUUUGAAUCAGUUUAUGAAGUCUUUAUUUCCUUGAUACUUCUGUGCACUGAAGUGCCGAUAUUGUGGUCUGAAUGAAAUUAGUUUUAAAGUUUUUUUUAAUAAUUGUCAAUUGAGACUUCAAAUGUUGAGCCAUCUCUUGUGAGGAAUAUGGCGUAGACUUGAUUAAAUGUUGAGCAUGUUCUAAUAACUUAUUUUAUUGCUUGACAUGCAUGUCUGAACAUUAAAAAAAAUCUUGUUGAACUAACUGACUUUGAAAUUAAAAUCAAAAUACCGAAUGUCUUCUACCUCCUUACUAACAGGCAGGGCUUAUUGUAAAGCAUGAACAAUCUCAAUGUCAAGAGUAAAUGCCUUGUGCAACUUGCUUUCAAUUUUGAAUUGCUUUCUUUAAAGGGAAGUUUUUAGUUGUUAAAAUAUUUGCCUCACCUGGAUCACCAAGAAUGCAAAGCACUCUUCAUGCAUAACUUGCUGUAAUCAUUUUGUCCCUGUGCAUCAAUGGAUAAAAUCGGGGAAAUUAGGUUCAGAAUGGGCCAAUCUCAAAGCAUGCAAAAUCUUCAUGAUUAUCACCAGCUGUGGAAAAUUAUUGUUUUGCAAAUAAUGGAUAACUUUUUGUGAGAUGCAGUGGUUUAUUGGCCUAAGUACUAUGUGAUUUGUGCUUUCAGUGACUAUUCUUGAAUGUCUUCAAGAUGUAAUGAAAAAUUAGGUCCUGUUUACUUGCAUUGCUGAACUUUAAUUUCUUGAAGUCCAUUUAGCACUUUAACUGUGUUACUGGGAUUUCUGUGACCAUUUAUUACACAGGUUGUUUCAAUAUAUAGGAACUGACCCUCCAAAAUUAAAGUUAAAUUUCCCCCAGAGAACUUUGUAAUGAAGACAGUUUCUUGCUUCACUUGAAAGUGAACAAUGCCUGAAUUUUAGAAGAAAUGUAUUGAAGUCUCAUGGUCAUUGAAUAAACAGAAAAAUGUUCAGUGACAUUUCCAACCCACUACCAGUCUUUUUUUAUGCUCAAAAAAAAAUCUCAACUGAAACUAUCCAAUUUUUCUGUAUAAUAUUAAUGCCUUGAAUGAUCAUGAUAAAACAUACUGCCACCUUUUUAACACUGUCUUUGACUUUCACCAUAAUGAAGGUAUAGGGCAAUUUGAGGAUCAAACAUUUUGUUCCUAUCAAUUGUAUGAAAUAGGAGGAGUAAGCUCCUUUUACAACAGCUCCACUGUUUAAGGUCAUAACUGAUCUGAUUGUGGGCUUGACUCCACUUCCCUAUUCACCCAGGUGCCCUUUAACUCCUUUGGCAAAAUUCUAUCUACCUGUACCUCCGGAUUUUGUUUUACUUGCAUCAAGUGGCAUACAGCAUAAAAAUGAGGGUAGGUUCCUACUGAAAAGCAUGAUGGAUAUUGACAUUAUAGUGUACGCUAUGACUUGUUCAAAUCUUGUCUUCCUGUCUCCUUUUUUUUAAAUGUUCCUUUCCAAAAACGGUAUGCCUUAUCUCCAUGACUUUACUUCCACUGACAUGCAUUAGCAGUAUGUUGAGAAUUGUAGAUACAAGAUAACAGAUAUCAUCACUGAUAGCACAGUAUUUCAAAAUGCUACCAUGUACACAAUGUACCUAUUCUUAGAGCCUAAUGUGCAAAUAUCAUUCAAAAUAUUAAUAGGAUUCUCAUUUACUUUGCUCUGAAUACUUGAGCAAUGGUCUGAAUGUUUGUUUGCAUGUGGUGAUUUGAUAUCUCUGUAAAAGCAAUAAAUGCACUGUCUUAAUUUA